GCUUUUCCGACUUCAGUACAGUCACACUAGACGCGCGGUUAUGAUGUCACGCAUACGCGAUUUUCGUGCGUCCAAAAUACUGCUGGCUGCACGCGUGAAGUGAACUGUGAUCAAUAAAGACAGGGAAGGAUGAGCGUGGACGUGGAGCGCGUGUUGAUCCAGCUCCAGGAUGAGAGCGGUGAGGUGCUGGGAUCCCCCUUCGAUGUGCCGCUGGACAUCAGCCCGGAAAAACUGCAACUGGUCUGCAACGCACUGUUACAGAAGGAGGAGCCUGUGCCAUUCCUGUUCUUUGUUAAAGAUGCAGAGGUGGUGUCGUCCCUGGGCACUUGUGUGCAGACGUUGGGCCUGGAGACUGAGCAGGUGCUACCAGUUGUGUACCAGCCGCAGGCCGUAUUCCGUGUGCGAGCCGUGGCUCGAUGCACCAGCUCUUUGGAGGGCCACACAGAGGCAGUCAUCUCUGUGGCAUUUAGCCCUACAGGAAAAUAUCUGGCCAGUGGAUCUGGGGACACAACAGUGAGGUUCUGGGAUCUGAACACAGAAACACCACACCACACUGCUAGGGGCCACACACACUGGGUUUUAUCCAUUGCCUGGUCUCCAGAUGGCAAGAAAUUAGCAUCAGGGUGCAAAAACAGUCAGAUCUUCUUGUGGGAUCCGAUAACAGGAAGUCAGAUUUCAAAGACCUUAACGGGACAUACAAAGUGGAUAACCUGGCUGUGCUGGGAACCUCUCCACCUAAACCCAGAGUGUCGGUAUUUGGCUAGCACCAGUAAAGACUGUUCGAUUCGGAUAUGGGAUACGGUUUUGGGCCGCUGUGAUAAGAUCCUGACCGGCCACACACAGUCUGUGACGUGUGUAAAAUGGGGAGGUGAUGGUCUCCUGUACACCUCAUCUCAGGACAGAACCAUUAAAGUCUGGAGAGCAAAAGAUGGGGUUCAGUGUCGUACAUUGCAAGGUCAUGCUCACUGGGUCAACACAUUGGCCCUCAGCACCGACUACGUUCUGCGCACAGGAGCGUUCGAACCAGCUACAGCGACCAUAAACCCUCAGGAUCUCACUGGAUCAUUGGACGAAAUCAAGGAAAAGGCUCUGAAGCGCUACAACAAUGUCAGAGGUGAAGGUCAAGAGAGACUGGUGUCAGGAUCAGAUGACUUCACAAUGUUCUUAUGGAACCCAGCAGAGGAGAAGAAGCCAGUGGCACGUUUGACGGGUCACCAAGCGCUGGUCAACGAGGUGCUAUUCUCCCCGGACACACGACUGAUCGCCAGCGCUUCCUUCGAUAAGUCUAUAAAGAUCUGGGAUGGAAAGACAGGGAAGUACCUGACUUCCCUUCGCGGUCAUGUCGGGCCAGUGUACCAGGUGGCGUGGUCUGCAGACAGCCGUCUGUUGGUCAGUGGCAGCAGUGACAGCACUCUGAAGGUGUGGGACGUCAAGACAGGCAAACUGAAUGCUGAUCUGCCUGGCCACGCUGAUGAGGUUUUUGCAGUUGAUUGGAGUCCCGAUGGACAGAGAGUAGCCAGCGGUGGGAAAGACAAGUGUUUAAGGAUAUGGAGGAAGUAACCCGGAGAAACCGGCGGCCCCUGGCUCUGCAUGCAACAGCCAAUCAGGCGUCUCGAAGCAUCACCCCACAGGACAGUGAACAGCAGUGUCGGAGCAUUAAGCCUUAGCCUAUUUGUCCAACGAAACCGCUUCGACAGCCUCACAAUAGCUGACAUAUAAUGCUCUCUGAUGUUGUCAGGCCAGAUAGCGGGAAGAUAAAACACCCGAUACCCCACUCAAAUGAGCAACUGCCCUGUGGAAGUGCGGGCGAUCUGACCCAGUCUAAUCUGUGUAAUCUUUCUCACACACAUUCUUUGUAAUUAACUUAAUCCCUAAUGCUGUGAUACAGGCAGCAUUAACUGGGUCUGUUCCAGCGCCGAGAGAUAACCAGCGUCGUCACAGUGGACCGUACUACGUCAGCAGAGACAUUUUCUCAUUAAACAAGCAGUAAAAGGAUUUUUAUGGGG